AGGAUUAAAUGUAGAUACGGCAUGACAACCUCCCCCACAACCAAGAUAUUUUUCUCAUUAUCACUUUUCUCUUCCAAAGAAAUAUCUUAUUAAGAAACAGUCACUGUGGCAGACGACAGACAGCAAACGGCAGGCGAUCUCGUACCGGCCAUUAAUCUAUCGUCUGCUUGCGGAAUUCACUGAACAACCGACUCAGGUUUAACCUAUUUUCUACAUUAGUUAUUUGCAAUGUAUUUUACAUGGCAUGCGUUAAUCUGCCUGAUUUUCCUGGCUAAAAUAUCGACAUCUGUAAAUAUAACCUUAACAAAUGCGACUCCGAAUGGAAACAACAAACUUUUGUCAACGAUCCUUGAUUCAAGCGUAUCAAAUACUUCACCAGCCAAAGUGAAUCCAAACUUGCAAUAUUUUACUACCAACAAAUUUAUAUCGGCUAUGCAAACGAACCCUGGAAAUUUUACAACCAAAGUAUUCAGUGCUUCCUCACAGACAAACAACAAGGUCCCACCACAAACACAGAGCUCCAAUAAUUCAGUUUCCCAAACGACUCCUUUCCAGCAGACAUCUGAUCCAGUGACUUUGCUGGGAAAUGGAAGUUCCAACAGCGAGAUGACCACAUCAGGACAAAACCUCAAUAAAACGGUCAGAAGUAUCAUCAUUAGCCAUCAGAUCCACCUUGUUCAGUUUAACAUUCACCAUACUUCGGUCAUUCUAUACAUUGCUUGCACAACUUUAGCUGCUGUCUUCCUGGCUGUCGGUUUCCAUCAUUGCCACAGACUGGCCAGGUACAUACCCGAAUCAUGUUUCUUGUUGUGCUUAGGAAUAGCAUUUGGCUGCGUUAUAAGAUUUACCUCACUUGAUGAACUUAUACCUGAAACAUUUUCACCAGAUAUAUUUUUCCUGGUCUUACUUCCUCCUGUUAUUCUGGGAGCUUCCUAUAGUCUGAACAAUCGGAUUUUCUAUGAUAAUCUUGGUGUUGUUCUUCUAUUUGCUGUUCUUGGCACAGCAGUGGCUUGUUUUAUAAUUGCACCGCUAUUGUAUGGUCUGUCAUUAACACCAGCCUUAAAUCUUCCAAAAGAUCAUCUGCUCACACAAAUAUUUCUGUUUUCUGCCCUUAUUGUUGCAGUGGACCCUGUUGCAGUUUUGGCUGUGUUUUCUGAAUUGGGAGUCAAUAAACCUUUGCAUAUUGUGGUCUUUGGAGAAUCCCUUUUAAAUGAUGGUGUCAGUGUGGUUCUGUACCGAGUUAUGGACAACUUCCAUCAGAUGCCGGAAAUUACCGGUAAAGAUAUUGGUUUCGGCUUCCUCAAGUUCUUGGUCAGUGCUGGAGUUAGUUCCUUGAUGGGUUCUUUGAUUGGCAUUUUCUCCACAGUGGCCUGCAAGUUCACCUAUGUCAAACAUGUGUUGGAACCAGCCAUCCUUAUAAUUACGGCCUACCUGUCCUACGUCUUAGCAGAGUCGUUUGAAUUGUCGGGAAUUAUAUGUAUGAUAGUAUGUGGCCUAAUCCAAGCUCAAUAUGCCUUCCACAAUAUCAACCCUAAAUCACGAACUAAUUUAAAAUUCAUCAUCAAAACAAUAGGGCUGGCAGCAGAAUUAGUGAUAUUCAUAUUCUUGGGCAUUUCUGUAGCUCGGACCAGACAUGUAUGGAAUGCUGGUUUUAUUAUCUGGAGUCUGGUGGCUUGCAUCUUCUCAAGGACACUGAUUACCCUUGUCUUUUCCUAUUUUAUCAAUAAAUUCCAUGGUGAAAGAAUGAAAAUUUUCUCUCUCAAAGAACAGCUAGUCAUGUCGUACGGAGGCCUCCGCGGUGGCGUGGCAUUCUCCUUAGCACUACAACUUUCUGAGGAACACGUAACUCUACGUGGUAUGUUCCUCACAACCGUAUUGAUGAUUAUACUUUUCAAUGUUGUCAUCCAGGGAAUUUCUAUACGUCCCCUGAUAAAUAUACUAAAAGUUAAACUGGAGGAGAAGGCAAAGAAAAACCUACUCUGUACCAUCAAUCACCAGUUGACUGACAGCAUGCUGCAACUGGUGGAGAAGAUAUCUGGACAUUCUGGGAAGAAUGUAUGGAGGAAAAAACUAGAGAAAUUCGAACUGACUUACAUUCAACGAUGUCUUUUGAAAGAGCCACACCCAACUGUUCUUAAGAUUGGAGAUGUCAACACCAAGAUUGCCAUCAGGAAUGUCUACAGUUCAAUGAGUUCCUUGGCAUCCCAGUCACAGAUUGAGGAACGAUAUGUCAGGGACAGAUAUACAAGUUUAGCGCCGGUUCAGUAUGAAUUAAAUGUGAGAAGUGAGCGACCUGGGAAAACUUCCAUUGGAAAGGAACUGAAUGCCAACCAAUUACUGCGAUAUGUGAAAUCUAAAACGAAUUCUGAGAAUUCUACAAACAAGGAAAUUAGAUUUUAUUUGGGUGAUCACGAUUUUAAGAAGCCAGAAAACGGUCACAGAAAUGGCAUCGGCUAUACUGGAGAUUCUAUAGAAGAUAUUUCGGAUAAUAUUGAAUCAAUGUCAAGAUUGUAGCAGAAACACCAUUUUAUUUUAGAUGUCAAUACUCUAAUAUCACAUGAUCUUCUGCUGGAUCAUGGCAGACUUGUACAGAAAAGUAGAUUUUUUGGUUGAGAGGGAAAUAGAAUCUGCCCCCAAUUUGUUCAGUCAAUUCUCUCAUUUUUUUCUAAUAUUCAGAAGAAAUAAUAUUGUUUUAAAAUAUUACAGAGAUGUACUUGCAUAGCAAGUGACCUGAUCUGAGAUUGUGUGCUGGAACGAAAACAAUUGC